AUGACGACUCCUCGCCAAUCCAGCGUCGACCUCGGCUCGCCCGACCGGCCCUUCGACAACAUCAUCAACUUCCGCGAUGUCGGCCGCUCCAUCAACCAGGCGAUAGGGUCUCGCGUUGUGAAAGAAGGCGUCUUGUUCCGCAGCGCAAGGCUAGACGACGCCUCAGAGCGCGAUAGACGGCGGCUAGCAGAUGAACUGCACAUCGCGACUGUGCUCGAUCUCCGCUCGACGCAGACCGGACUGACGAUGAAGCUUCCCAGCACGGAACACCAGAUGGCGACUCGCAAACGCCGCGGGGAGGACGCCCUGGCCGCUGGUAUGGACCAGUCGCCCCUCCCCGCUGCCCCGGACGAGCAUCUCAUGGCGAUUCCCGGCGUGCAGCGCUCCCUGAUCAGUCUGGUAGGGAAGGCGUUUGAGCGGACGCUACUGUGGCGGUUGGAUUGGUAUAAUCUCAUACGCGUCCUCGCCCUCGUGGCAUCCGGGUACCGCACCGCGGCGGUCACCAUCGUCGGCGAGCAGGUCAUGGCGCCGCGAGGCCUGAUCGGGCUCGGCCAGGAUACGCUGGACAGCAGCACGGGCGAGAUGCGGGAGAUCUUCGAGCUGCUGGCGCGCGCCGAGGCGUACCCGGUCGUCGUGCAUUGCACGCAGGGCAAGGACCGGACGGGGCUGGUGGUGUUGCUGCUGCUGCUGUUGCUGGGCGUGGUGUCCGAGGAGGCCAUUGCGGCGGACUAUGGCAAGUCCGAGGCGCAGCUGGGCGUGGAGUUUGAGGAGCGCAUGAAGGAGAUCCGUAUGCUGGGGCUCGAUGAGGAGUUAACCAAGUGUCCGCCGGGGUUUACGGCGGCCAUGCGGGCGCAUCUGGAGGCGCGCUAUGGUGGUGUUGAAGGGUAUUUGGUUGCGGUGGGGAUUGAUCGAGAGAAGCAGGAGGUGAUCAGGCAGAGGUUGCUGGCUUAA